UUUCUUUGCUUACCAGCUUACCCUUGUUCAUGUAUCCUGUUCCAGGUAUAAUACCUUCCAUCUAUACCUAUCGUAAAUGAGCAACUGCAGCGAUAGGUCAGGUAAACUGGUAAAAAGAAAAAAGAUACUAAUGUUCAUCUAACUUUUUAAUCUAAUUAGAAGAAUGGUCACCGCGUGUUAAGUAAUUUAAGCGUUUCGUCGCAACGUUAAUUUACAUUUCGUCUCUAAUUGUGUUGUUUAAUGAGUUUACAAUAUACGCAUACCCUACCUAUACGUAAUGUGUACAGUACCUAACUUCACCUACGUGCCUAAUACCUGUGCAUAGGUAGGUAAGGUACUCAUAUCUAAUCGUUCUGUUUUUUCUACAUAUUUCAUUUCACUGGAAGUGUUCCAACAUUUGGUUUGUGUUUUAGUUUCAUUUUUGUAGCCCAUCUGUUAAAAAUACCCAAGCUGCGUGCAUUUCCUCUAGAGUGUUGGUGUUACCCAGCGUAUCCGCAUGUGGGUUCAUUUAUGAACUUCGAACCCGUGUUAUCAGUCAUGUUUUUCUACCUCUCUGGCUCGUUUGAAUAAAUGAGUCUUUUAUCAAUAACUGUUUGGCUUGUUUCUAGUUUCAUUUUUUUCCAAUUUUGUUUACAAAAUUCUCAGAUGCGUGAAUAUUUUACUCAUUCGUGUUCGUACUGUACGUACAGUAGUUACUCGAACGUGCGGUGAGCAUUAAUUUCAUGAUUAGUUAAUGUGAUUUUUAAAGUUCUAUACUCGUACUUAUUCGUAUCAAGCUUGCUGGAAACCCGAUGUGCUGAACUUGAAAUUUAUUCUUUCACCGGGCUUUUAUCAUCUACCAUCAUGUUCUCGAUGGAAAAAACCGCUACAGAUUUGAUCAAAACUCCCAUCUUCAUCUCAUCUCCGCGUAACCUACAAGAGAUAGCCUGUUCUCAAUGUGCAUUGAACUGUUGGCGUAUCAGCUACUCCCUUAAUUACGAUCAGUAUCCUGAUGAAACAGCCGGGGUUAAUUGGUUUACAUCUUUUAAAUGCGUUUCUACCGAUGGUUAUCAGAAAUUGCCGAAAGCUAUCGAAAAAUUUAUCGAUAGUCGUACAGAACGAAUGGGACAAAUGUUAUACGUCUGGGCGCAGAAGUCAUUCGGCGAUAGUUGUCGUGCCAUGAUAUUAAAUUGUUUUGACAAUAUUAUCCUCAAUGCAAGCGGUGACAUCAACUAUAAACUAACAGCGAAAAAUUUACUGACCAGCGACGUAUUGAAUGCGGUGGAGAAGUACAGGAUCGCUUGUUGGUGGAGUUUCGAAGAAGAUGUGGAACGUUUGUGGUCCUCAGUAAAGGACGAUGAAACGAUCCAGGGAUGUAGUUUCGAUGAAUUGCCCACUAUGUACUAUUGGAAUUGUCGAAUGAAAAACGAACUCCACAAGAUACCUGGCGAUAAAAGAUAUUCGGCCGAAUCACGUAUGCUAUCCUCACAUUUAUGCGAUUGGUCGGAAACUGAAUAUUUUUGGAAUAAGUUAAGCUCGCGGGAACAACUUUCCAAAAUAACAGAUACAAGAGCGGGAGUAGGCUAUAUUAAUCAAAAUGUGCUCCCAACGCUGGAUUUUGGACAACUGAGCUAUAUUUUGAGUAAUUUACCAGUCGCUGUGGUGGAAAACUUGGCAAUCGAAGGAGAAAAUACUCGUUUUGCUGAGCAAGCUUGGAAUUGCGUAGCAAAUAUAAUCAACGGAGACCAGUUCUACGAAUUGUUGUACGAUUUACAUAGGUUUGCAUUCAGUGGAGAGUGUUCCGAAGUCAACCACGUGGCUGUUUUCCUUUAUGAAAUUUGGGCCAGUGCUUCGGAUAAUUUACAGAAAUGUAUUUUAGACUGUCCGAGAUGUAUCGAAGCAUUUUUUGAUGACUUGGAGGAAGGUCAGCUUAUCCAAUCCUAUGGUUACGAUAUAAGCUUUCUUGUGGCUGUUUUCAACGGAGCAAAGUUCCAAUUGAGGAUAGAAUUAUGGCGAAGGAACUGGCAUAAAUUAAUUGUGCUCGCGAGACCGUCGGAUUUACGUAAAUUCAUGGAAUUGAGCUUUGAAAACGAAGCCAGCUUGGUUAAAUUCAAAGAAACCGAAAUGAUUGACUACUCGAAUCUAAACUACGAGUUUGAUUCGUUCAUUAAGCGAGGAUUAUGCAGCGAGCUGGUAGACUAUUUGGAAUUUUGUUCUUCAGAUAAGGAACGUGUAAGGCAUCUGAGAAUGCAAAUCGUUGAUUCGAACAUACAUUACACUUCUUAUUACUUCGAUCCCGAUAUGGUUUCAAAAUUUAACAAUUUUAUCGACGAUACUUUUGAAUGUCCGAGUUUAGCUAGUCGAUACAAAGAGCGUUUUGUUCUGGAAAACAUCGACGAAUGGUAUGAAAUGGUGGAUAGCGGUUGGCUAAUCAAUGUUAAAAACGCAAUCCAAUGUUUAUUACCUGAAGGUAUACUUUUGAGCCAUAUUAAACGAGCGUUGUACGAACAUUGGCAGUAUAAUUUGAGGGUUGGUACAAUUGCUACUUUCUAUAUAAGGCAUUGGCACGAAUUUUCAAAUUGGUGUGCUCCUAGUGAGGAAGUGGUGUUAGAGUCGAAAUAUUCCUUCAAUCUGGAUUAUCUGUUGGGAGUUUUGUUGCCCAAAUGUAUUCGUGAAGAGUGGGUCUUACCACCAUAUUUUUCUCGUCUUGAUAGGUUUCUGAGGUGGUAUUUUGUUAGCGAAGAAGCUACGAACGAGUUCAAGCUGCAAAGGAUUAAUAAUUACGAGCAAGUUCCUGUUAUUAAAAAGAUAUUAGAAAAAGGAAUCGAUCGAGAUAUCAGUAGAAUGUUGAAUUGGUUUUUCAAUUUCGAUGCUGAUAAAGUAGGAGAAUUUCGUUUGAAACUUACCAAAAGUUGACUGCAUUUAAUGUUAAGUAGGUAUUAUUUUUUGUAGACAACGUUUUUAGCGGCUGUGGUUUAUUUUUCGACGUUUUACGAAUUUUUUAUUUUUUUUAUUUUUGGACUUAUGAGAAACUUUUAGGGAACUUUUGAUCCGUAAUGUUUCAUAUAAUUUUCGAGACAAUCCUUCAUAUCUAAUAUCGACUUGAGUUAUAUUUUCGUCCAAUAUUUUGACCAGUCAAAAAUUCAAAAAAUUCAUGUAACAUCAAGAAGCAAAAAAUUUGACUUUUUUGAUUUUUAGAUGCUUGAGUGUAACAUUCCAGAAUGUUCCUUUGUGGGAAGGUGAAUUUUACAAUUGUUGAAAUCUUUAUACUCUUUGAUCAAAAUUGAUGAGAAAAUGACUUUCUGGCUCAUUAGAUAUGCGAAAAUUUCAUGAGGAAGGUGCUAAAUGAUUUUUUGACCACUUCUCUCUUCGCUCGAGACUCGAAAGAAAUAAAAAUUUACGAAAUAUCGAUAGGUAGUUGAUGCUUGCUAAAAAAAAAAAAAACUAUGGGUGAUUUGAUGUGUUUUGCCAUUUCUUUGCAUUUUCUUCUUCACUGAACGACGACUCAGAAAAUAUACUAUUUUUGGUAGGUGGGUACCAUUCAAUUGGAAUUUUUUUUGUCAUUAACUAUUACAUUUUUUGAAUAACACCUGCUCCAUAUUACCCUCUAAUCGCCUAUCAAGACUAAAAUCUGAAUUUUUUCUCGUGCUAGAGCUCUCGGAAGAAUUGAAGUAGGUUGUUAAACAUUCCUAAAGACGAUUUAAAUGAGCCAGAAAAUCACUCCAACUAAUUCAGAUAGUUUUGAAAAUUUUCCAUUUGGGAAAUCUACUCGUUAGAUAAUUUGAAAAUUUAGUUGAAAGAGGUAAAGGUUUCAUGCUCUAACCAAAAAGUUGAAUUUUUUGCAUUUUCAAUUUUUGAAGCUCGAUUUAGGGCCUUUGUGUGUUUCUCUGGUGAUCAGUGAUCUCAAUAGUACAUUUUUUUAUAUCUACCGGAUGUGGAUAGUUACUAUGGUUAGCUCAGGUGUGGUGGUUGAGAAAGAAAUCUGCUUUUUCCUGCCUCUCGUAGUAUUUUUAUGCGGGUUGUUUUCUUCGCCAUCGAAUUUUUUCUAAGUAGUUAAUUCUUCGUUAACGUGGAUCGUUUUUAAGAAAAUUUUCUUUGAAUUUCGUAAACAUUCUUAGGUUUAUGUGUAACUUGAAGAUUUUAGUCUUCUUAAUUAUUUCUAUAUUUUAGUUAUUAAAUGUGAUUUAUGAUAAUAUUGAAUUGUGAAGUUGCGAAAAAAAAGUAUAAUUAGUAAAAUGAUGAUUAAUUAUGUCACCUAAACUAUUCGCAUAUAAUAUUUUGUAUCCCGACUACCCUGGUAGGUAGAACAAUUUUUAGGAAGAAUAAUGUUAUUCGUUUUAAAUUUUACUCGUAAAUACCUAUGUAUUCAUUUUUUUAAAAAUCGAAGCUACAUAAUGUACAUUUUUGUGUCUUGAAAUACAAUUAUCAGAGGUA